UCCUCCGUGGAGAAGGAAACUCACCGGGACUAGAGAGCCUUUGAGUCUGGCGGAGAGCAGCCUCAGCCGGCCUCAUGCACAGGAGCUGCUCGGUGCACUUCACGGUUCUUUCCCCCGGAGUUUCUGCGGAGAGUUUGCCCGGAAACAAGCAACGCGAUGCGGGAUGUUCACCUGGACAACGAGACCUGCAGGAACGGGUCGGGGGUGCGACUGUGGUGCGGCCCUCAUUCUGUGGUGUGUUCAAUCUCUGGAGAUCAAACAACGCUACACACACACCUGGAGAACAGCACACUUACUACAGAUGUGUAUUCAGACAGCAGCUCUUACAGGCCGUGGCUCGGUCUCUCUCUGGCGCUGCUGUCGGCCGUCCUGAUUGGUGGAAGCGUCAUCCUGAAGAAGAAAGCUCUCCUCCGAUUGGCCGACAGCGGAAACACCCGAGCAGGGGACGGAGGACACGGCUACCUGAAGGACUGGCUGUGGUGGGGAGGCCUGCUCACCAUGGGAGUUGGAGAGGUGUGUAACUUCGCCGCCUACAUGUUCGCUCCGGCCACGCUGGUGACGCCGCUCGGAGCCCUGAGUGUCCUCAUCAGUGCAGUUCUGGCACCCUACCUGUUGGGGGAGCAGCUGAACGUGGUGGGGAAACUGGGCUGUUUGUUGUGUGUUUUGGGAAGCAUCCUGUUGGUGAUCCACGCCCCACAGGAACAGGAAGUGACAUCACUACAGGACAUGACCGACAAGCUGCUGGACCCCGGUUUCCUGGUGUACUUGUCGGCGGUGCUGCUGCUGUGUUCUGUGCUCGUUUUCUAUUUCUCUCCUCGGGUCGGUCGCUCCAACAUCCUUGUCUACAUCAGCGUCUGCUCGCUGCUCGGGGCGUUCACCAUCGCCUCCGUGAAGGGCCUCGCCAUCGCCAUCAACACCGUGGUUGAUGAUGUUUCCGUGCUGGCGAACCCUCUCACGUGGAUCCUGCUGGUGACGCUCAUCGUCUCCAUCGUAACACAGGUGAACUACCUGAACAAGUCUCUGGACACCUUCAACACGCUGCUGGUGUAUCCCAUCUACUACGUCCUCUUCACCUCCGUGGUGCUGUCCACCUCCAUCAUCCUCUUCCAGGAGUGGAGGAGCAUGAAGCCCGUAGACGUGGUGACGACGCUGGGAUCCUUCCUGGUGAUCGUGGUGGGCGUCGCCAUGCUCCACCUCUUCAAAGAGCUGAAGUGCACCAUGAAGCAGCUGACCAAUCAGCUUUCGGCUCCGGUGGAGAGGGCGGGGCUUGCAGAGGAGGUUUCAGCCAAUGGAGCAGCAGCAGCAGCAGCAGCAGCAGCAGCAGCAGCAGCAGCAGCAGCAGCAGCAGCAGCAGCAGCAGCAGCAGCAGCAGCAGCAGCAGUAAGCAGGAAUAAGAAGGAGGAUAAAUACGGACUGAUGGACAACAUGGUGAUCGAGAGUCUUCCUCCCAUGAGAGAGGAAGGGCCGAGAGUCUUCAUCAUCAGCUGAAACUAAAGAAGAAGAAGAAGAAGAGACAGGUUUCGGUUUCCUGUCUAGACUUUGUAGUUCUCUUCUGACUGAUUUAAAUCUAUGGGCACUUUUUAUUUUAAAUGUUUUUGGUAGGGCUGUAAGUCGAUUAAAAUAGUUAAUCGCGAUUAAUUGCAAAUGAAUACCUACCUUAGACUUAGAGGAAUAUUUUUCAAGUUUUAAAUCUUAUCAACAUAUGAGUGGACAAAUAUGCUUUAUGCAAAUGUUUGUU